AUGGCGGACUCCGAGGGCCCUCGUCGUUUUUGUCACUUUUGUAACCUGGCGAACCACACGGAAGCCAACUGCCGCCGCUUGCUGGCGCUGCGUGCCCUCAGCCGGAUGGCCCUCCCCCCGCCCCCCACCAAGCGCAAAGCACACCGCGCCUUUCGAGGCGGAAAGGCCAAAAAAGGACGAGUGGCUAACGUAUCAACAGCCAAGCGUGCUGCAAAGGAGGCAGCCGCCACCAACAACAGCACUGCUCCCGCCGGCGCCCCCCCCCGGCUCCCAUCAUGGCCCCCGCCCCCCCGGGCCUCCCCGCCCGCCAAUGAGACACAAGCCUCUGCUGUAGUUGGACGUGCCCUCACCCCCGCCACCACCACCAUCGUGGACGGCGCCUCCAGCAAGGAGGAAGACGAAAAGCAAAAGAAAGAAUGA